AUGAAUAGAGCCGACGUUCUCCGUUCAAUUUCACAUAUCCUUGCUUUCACACAAAGUGCUCUCAUUCCGGCUCAAAUGGACUGCAAUCUUGCCCACGCCCCAAUCGGACUCAUCGCCAGCGCCGGCGGGACUCUAAUCGCGACACGUGUCCCGCUCGCACGCCGCAUCGGCGCGGUUCGAGUCCCGCUGGAGGUGUUGACUGGGCACAUUCGAGGGCGAAAGUGCAGUCCGCUCCAGCCGGGACGAGAGCACUUUUGA